CUUCCGGCCACGUUUAGCACUUCCUGUCGGCGACGAGAAUAAUUUCAUUUUGUUGAAGUUUCAAAGAUACAAACAAAUAUCAGGAUGACGAAUAAAAAGAUGUCUACUUUGGCUGAGCAGCCAUGUUAUACUCUAAUAAAUAUACCAUCAGAUGCAGAGCCUCCAACAGAGAUGUCACUGAAACAAGAUCUAGAAAAGGGUGACAACAAAACAAAGAUUGAAGCUCUGAAGAAGACGAUACAGAUGAUACUUAAUGGAGAGAAGAUGCCAUCAUUAUUGAUGACUAUUAUAAGAUUUGUCAUGCCUGUGCGAGACCAUACCAUCAAGAAAAUGCUGUUGAUUUUCUGGGAAAUUGUUCCAAAAUAUAACCCUGAUGGCAAAAUGUUACACGAGUUCAUACUUGUUUGUGAUGCAUACAGAAAGGAUCUUCAACAUCCAAAUGAAUUUAUAAGAGGAUCAACAUUAAGAUUUUUAUGUAAACUGAAGGAAGCAGAAUUAUUGGAACCCCUGAUGCCAGCUAUCAGACAGUGUUUAGAACACAGACACUCUUAUGUCAGAAGAAAUGCUGUUUUAGCUAUUUAUACUAUCUAUAGGAACUUUGACUUCUUGAUCCCUGAUGCACCAGAAUUAAUUGCCAAGUUUUUAGAAGGAGAACAAGACAUGUCAUGUAAGAGGAAUGCAUUUAUGAUGCUUAUUCAUGCUGACCAGGACCGAGCUUUGAACUACCUGAGUAGCUGUAUUGACCAAGUGAAUUCUUUUGGAGACAUUCUGCAAUUAGUUAUAGUUGAACUGAUUUACAAGGUUUGCCAUGCUAAUCCAUCAGAAAGAGCCAGAUUUAUCAGAUGCAUUUAUAACCUUCUGAACUCUUCUAGUCCUGCUGUCAAAUAUGAAGCCGCUGGUACCCUGGUUACACUGUCAAGUGCUCCUACUGCUGUUAAGGCUGCAGCCAGUUGUUAUAUUGAAUUAAUUGUAAAAGAGAGUGACAACAAUGUGAAACUGAUUGUUUUGGACAGACUGAUAGCACUCAGAGAGGUGCCAGCUCAUGAGAAAGUUUUACAGGAAUUGGUAAUGGAUAUACUGAGAGUAUUGAGUGCACCAGAUUUGGAAGUUAGGAAGAAAACACUGGGCUUAGCAUUGGAUCUGGUUACCUCUAGAAAUAUUGAAGAGAUGGUCUUGGUUUUGAAAAAAGAAGUUGUGAAGACAAACAAUGUAGAACAUGAAGAUACUGGGAAAUAUCGUCAAAUCCUGGUCAGAACACUUCAUCAGUGUAGCAUCAAGUUCCCAGAUAUAGCUAUCACUAUUAUUCCUGUGCUGAUUGAAUUCCUGUGUGAUCAGAAUGAGUUAGCUGCCCUUGAUGUACUUGUAUUUGUAAGAGAAGCCAUUCAGAGAUUUGAAUCGCUAAGACCAGUCAUCAACAGUAAACUGCUAGAGGUGUUCCCGUCUGUCAAAGCAUUGAAAAUACACAGAGCAGCUUUGUGGAUUCUUGGAGAGUACUGCACCAACUCUGAAGAUAUACAGAGUGUAAUGACCUUGAUAAGACAAUCUCUUGGUGAGAUACCUAUCGUUGAUGAUGAGAUUAAGAAAGCUGCUGGUGAAGUAGAAGAAGAUGAGAUGCAGACCACUAGUUCUGUACAGAAGUUAGUAACAGCAGACGGCACUUACGCUACUCAGAGUGCAUUCAGUACUACUACUGUCUCCAAAAAGGAAGAAAGACCACCAAUGAGGCAAUACCUGAUGGAUGGUGAAUUCUUUGCAGGAGCAGCUUUAGCCACUACUCUUACUAAACUUGCUCUUAGAUUUAUAGAGUGUACUGAAAAUGUCAAGAGACAAAAUUCUUUUGUAGCAGAGGCAAUGUUGAUAAUGGCGUCCAUCAUACAUUUUGGCAAAUCUGGUCUACCAACAAAGCCAAUGACAGAUGAUGAUGUAGACCGUAUUGCUACCUGUUUAAGAGUACUAGCAGAGAGAAGUCCUCUGAUGAAUGACAUAUUUAAUGACAGCUGUAGAGAGUCACUAUCUUUGAUGUUGGCCUCUAAAGUUGAGGAAGAGAAAGAAUUGCAAAGGGCCUCUGAAAGGAAAACUGUUAAAGUACAAGCUGAUGACCCUAUUGCCUUUAAUCAGUUGAUAAACAAGAGUGAACUGGGAGCUACAGAGAACAUGUUCGAGCUUACCCUAUCCCAAGCCUUGGGAAUGAGCAGUAAGAAGGAUGCAGAUCCUAUGGGAGCCUCUAAACUGAACAAAGUAACCCAGUUAACUGGUUUCUCUGACCCUGUUUAUGCUGAAGCUUAUGUGAAUGUGAACCAGUUUGAUAUUGUUCUGGAUGUCCUUAUUGUGAACCAGACAUCAGAUACAUUACAGAAUCUUACCCUUGAACUAGCCACACUUGGUGACCUGAAGUUGGUAGAGAAACCUUCACCACUGAUGUUAGCUCCACAUGACUUCUGUAAUAUCAAGGCUAAUGUUAAAGUAGCAUCUACAGAGAAUGGAAUAAUAUUUGGAAAUAUAGUGUAUGAUGUAAGUGGAGCUGCAAGUGAUCGUAACUGUGUUGUCCUGAAUGAUAUCCAUAUUGACAUCAUGGACUACAUUGUACCUGCGUCAUGUAAUGAUGGAGAGUUCAGACAGAUGUGGGCAGAGUUUGAAUGGGAAAACAAAGUGGCAGUCAACACCAAUAUAUCUGAUUUACAAAUCUUCCUACAACAUGUCAUAAAGUGUACUAAUAUGAAAUGUCUAACACCAGAUAAGGCUUUAUCAGGAGAAUGUGGCUUCAUGGCUGCUAAUUUGUAUGCCAAGUCAAUUUUUGGAGAAGAUGUCCUAGCUAAUUUGAGUAUAGAGAAACCAGUCCAUCUACCACCAACUGCACCUGUCCAGGGACAUAUCAGGAUCAGAGCUAAAAGUCAGGGUAUGGCAUUAAGUAUGGGUGACAAGAUCAACCUGUCUCAGAAAUCUGGAGCCAAAAUGACUGCAGUAGCAAAAUAAACAGAAAUCUAUAACUUAUUGAACAGCCAGAAUAAUAUAUUUAUAUGACUUUAAAAAUAGACUGUGUUAAUUUGUAUUCAAGGAAGAAAAAUCAUUUAUAUUUGAAUAAUGUUUUAAUGCUUAUUUGAAAGAAUCAUGUUUAAAAAAAAGAUAUUAAAUUGCAAAAAUCUUUGCUGAAGUCAGUAGAAAUUUUCAGAUUCUAUUAUAUCUUCCAAUAUUGUAAUGCUUACAUGUUUAUGUUGUGAAUUUAGGAAACUUUUGUCACUUUAUUCAAAUAAACUAUUAUCAAGUUA